AUGUCAACCUCUGCACAGCAGCUGCUCUCGGAAAUACGCAACAUCUACCGCACUCUCAGCAGCCUGCCAACUCUGGCUCCCGGGAAUCAAGUCAACGCGCUGCUCACGCGCUUGGUCCAUCUCUGCAUCGCACCGCAUGGCUCUGAAUUCACCCACUACUUUCUCGGACUCGAGGGCGUAGACGCGCUGUGUCACUCACUCCGGCCUCUCUGCGCAGCCGCAGAAGGCGAAUUGGAAAGGUACUGGGUGGACAGAAUUUUGAACGAGUCGGCAGCGUCAAAAGCAACCGCUUCGCAAACCCGCCAGCUCCUUCGAAAUUUCCCGUACUACACUAACUACCUCGACCUCUCACGUCUCGAGACCUCCGUCAUCGUCGCCUUCCUGUCUUCCUCUGUAUCUCUCAGUAAAGUCGCCUUCAUAGGUUCCGGCCCUUUACCGCUAACCUCCAUAUGUCUGCUAGAAGCGUAUCCGAAGGCAAUCGUGCAUAACAUCGAUCGCGACAACGCCGCUCUCCAUGUCUCGCAAUCUCUCGCAGCAAACCUGGGAUACCAUGACCGCAUGACGUUCGCCUGUGAAGACGUCAGCAUCGAGCAAGUUUCGGGUGCGCAUACGAAUUGGGCAUCUUUCGAUGUUGUUUUUCUAGCUGCGCUGGUGGGUAUGAACACAGCGGAAAAGGUGUCCAUACUCGAAAUUCUUGCAGGGAAAAUGCGGCCUGGGACGCUGGUAGUAGUGCGUAGUGCGCAGGGGUUGAGGAGCGUGUUAUAUCCGAUAUCGGAUGAGCUCAGCCUAGCUGGUUAUGAGGUGCUGGUCGAAGUGCACCCGUGGACGAGCGUGGUGAACUCAGCGGUUGUUCUGAGGGUUAAGGAAAGAUGA